UUGGGUCCCACUGACCGUAGUGAGCUGGUAAACCGGUAAGAGGAGACUCGGGACUCGGAGUGAAAAAACGGCUGCUGGAAGAAUCUGUUCAUUUCCCCGGAACCAGAACUUUUUACAGAUAGACACUUAUUUAUUGUUGUAGCAGGAGGACGCUGUUGGGGGCAUUUCAGUGGAGGUUGAAGGUGGUAAACAGCAACAGCUCGGAGUUCAGAGAAAAAGGAGAAGAAGCAGAAAGCAGACUCUGGGGAGUGUUUGAGGAGGAUCUGUCUGAGCUGUCAUCUGGGAGCAAUUAGUUUCCAGCGGUGAGAAGAAAAAAAAGGCAGGAAAGGUUCGAAAGAAUAGUGUGUGUUUAUCUUCAGGCAGGAGGAGACACUGCUGAACCGAAUGAACCCGAGGCCAAGCUGACCCUCAACCAGCCGGGCUAAGGCUUUCUCAGGCGCACAGAGAAACACAGCGAGAACUUUCUAAUCUGGGCCUGAGCAGGAACAACCACCCACCCCAGUCUACCAGCCGGCUGUUGACCCUCCAGAAGCCUCCAAUCUGGGCAGAGACCUCAUGAAUGGAAAUCGGCACUACAGGAGCCGUUGGGGCUGCGCCCCUGUUCUCCAUGCCACGCAGGCCUGGCUAUGGCACCAUGGGGAAGCCCAUCAAGCUGCUGGCCAACUGCUUCCAAGUGGACAUCCCAAAGAUGGAUGUCUACCUGUACGAGGUGGACAUCAAGCCGGAGAGAUGUCCACGCCGUGUCAACAGGGAGGUUGUGGACUCCAUGGUGCAGCAUUUUAAAGUGACCAUCUUUGGAGACAGAAGGCCGGUCUAUGACGGCAAGAGGAGCUUGUACACAGCACACUCGCUACCAGUUGCUGCAGCAGGAGUGGACCUAGAUGUGACCUUACCUGGCGAAGGAGGCAAAGAUCGACCCUUUAAAGUCUCUAUAAAGUUUGUAUCGCUGGUCAGCUGGCACAUGUUGCACGAGGUACUGACUGGUCGAAGUACACAUGAGCCUCUGGAGCUGGACAAGCCAAUCAGCACCAACCCUGUACACGCUGUAGAUGUGGUGCUCCGCCACCUGCCCUCCAUGAGGUACACACCAGUAGGCCGGUCGUUCUUCUCCUCUCCUGAAGGUUAUGAUCAUCCUCUGGGUGGAGGCAGGGAGGUGUGGUUCGGUUUCCACCAGUCCGUGAGGCCUGCGAUGUGGAAGAUGAUGUUAAACAUAGACGUAUCGGCUACGGCGUUCUACAAAGCCCAGCCCGUGAUCCAGUUCAUGUGCGAGGUUCUGGACAUCCAUAACAUUGACGAGCAGCCACGCCCACUGACCGACUCGCACAGAGUCAAAUUCACCAAAGAAAUCAAAGGUCUGAAGGUGGAAGUGACUCACUGCGGCACCAUGAGGAGAAAGUACAGGGUGUGCAACGUCACCCGUCGGCCUGCCAGCCACCAAACGUUUCCGCUGCAACUGGAGAAUGGCCAGACUGUGGAGAGAACAGUAGCACAGUACUUCCGUGAGAAAUACAACCUACAGCUCAAAUAUCCCCACUUGCCCUGCCUGCAGGUGGGCCAGGAGCAGAAACACACAUAUCUGCCCCUAGAGGUGUGUAAUAUCGUAGUUGGGCAGCGCUGCAUUAAGAAGCUGACUGAUAACCAAACGUCCACCAUGAUUAAAGCCACAGCUCGAUCAGCUCCGGAUCGCCAGGAGGAGAUCAGCAGACUGGUGCGCAGUGCAAACUAUGAGGCUGACCCGUUCGUGCAGGAGUUCCAGUUCCGCGUGAGAGACGAGAUGGCCGAUGUGACCGGCCGCGUAUUGCCCGCCCCCAUGCUGCAGUACGGCGGCAGGGUGAGCUCUGAACACUUCCUGAAUCGCACAGUGGCCACUCCAAGUCAUGGCGUAUGGGACAUGAGAGGGAAGCAGUUCCACACCGGAGUAGAAAUUAAAAUCUGGGCUAUCGCUUGCUUCGCCACCCAGCGACAGUGCCGAGAGGAAAUGCUUAAAAGCUUUACUGACCAGUUGCGUAAGAUUUCAAAAGAUGCCGGGAUGCCUAUUCAGGGCCAGCCAUGCUUCUGCAAGUACGCUCAGGGAGCAGACAGUGUAGAGCCCAUGUUCAGACACCUGAAGAACACCUAUGCUGGCCUGCAGCUCAUCAUCGUUAUCCUGCCUGGGAAAACUCCUGUCUACGCGGAGGUAAAGCGCGUCGGGGACACCCUUCUCGGCAUGGCCACUCAGUGCGUGCAGGUGAAGAACGUUGUGAAGACGUCGCCGCAGACCCUCUCCAACCUCUGCCUUAAGAUCAACGUCAAGCUCGGUGGCAUCAACAACAUCCUGGUUCCUCAUCAACGUCCGUCCGUCUUCCAGCAGCCUGUCAUUUUCUUGGGUGCCGAUGUCACUCAUCCACCUGCAGGAGAUGGCAAGAAGCCCUCCAUCGCUGCGGUGGUGGGCAGCAUGGAUGCCCACCCGAGUCGCUACUGUGCCACAGUACGUGUUCAGCGACCCAGGCAGGAGAUCAUCCAAGACCUGGCCUCCAUGGUCCGAGAGCUGCUCAUCCAGUUCUACAAAUCCACACGCUACAAACCCACACGUCUCAUCUUCUACAGAGACGGGGUGUCGGAAGGACAGUUUCGGCAGGUGCUGUAUUACGAGCUGCUGGCCAUUCGGGAAGCCUGUAUAAGUCUAGAGAGAGAGUAUCAACCAGGCAUCACUUAUAUCGUCGUGCAAAAACGCCACCACACACGCCUUUUCUGCGCUGACCGCAACGAGAGGGUUGGACGGAGUGGAAACAUUCCUGCCGGCACUACAGUUGACACGGACAUCACCCAUCCAUAUGAGUUUGACUUUUACCUCUGCAGUCAUGCUGGAAUACAGGGCACGAGCCGGCCCUCGCACUACCACGUGCUGUGGGAUGACAACUGCUUCACAGCCGACGAGUUCCAGCUGCUCACCUACCAGCUGUGCCACACGUACGUGCGCUGCACCCGCUCCGUCUCCAUCCCAGCGCCUGCCUACUAUGCCCACCUAGUGGCCUUCCGUGCUCGCUACCACCUGGUUGACAAGGAGCAUGACAGUGCUGAGGGCAGUCAUGUGUCAGGACAGAGUAAUGGGCGUGACCCCCAAUCCCUGGCCAAAGCUGUGCAGAUUCACCACGACACCCUGAGGACCAUGUACUUUGCCUAACUCCUUCUCCUCGUCCCCUCCAGCACUUACCUGUCACACAUACGACACCAUGCACUGAAGCCUCGUCCCCUGUCGCAUCAGUGACAAGUCCCAGCUGCUAAAAACGAACUAAACGCAACUACAGCAAAAGGGGAAGGGGUGGGAAUUAACACUGUUAUGCAAUAGAAUAUAUAAAAAAAAAAAAGCAACAGCCAGGCUUUUCUACAAGCCAACAUAUAGAUCUGUGAGUCCCGACAAAAGGUAUGGCAUUUGUACACUUAUUUAUUAGUAUCAAGUUUCUCUGUGACUGGGUUUUUUUUUUUUUGUUUUUGAUUGAGAUCUUUUAUUCUUCUAAUUCGUUCAACUCCAACUUAAGGACUUGAUAUCAGAUCUAAAGGUCAAACGCUUUCACUCUCAUUAACGGAAGAGCGCGACACCACUGGAGGGCGGUGUGGCAUCAAAGAACCGAUCGGUCACGAAUCAACGUUACGUCCGCGCCGCAAUCGAGCGCCGAAUAUCAACGCGUCUGCGCGAUUUUAUGCCAUAUGUCAUUCACGCCAUGCGAUAUUGCUUCUGAACAACGGUUCUAGACCGAAAAUGAA